AUGACGCUCGUCUGCGGCUUCAUCACCUUCCUCGUCUUUCGCGGAACCCUCGGCGCCGGCAAGUUCGGCACGCCGUUUCAGGAUGCCGAGAUUCUCAACCGCGAGCUCCGGUCCUUUCAAGAGAAGGGCCUCCUCAAGUCCCGGGAGAGCCAGCUGCUCUUCCUGCAGGACAAGAUGACGGACCGCAACUCGCCGUACCGCGUCGGGCCCAACAUCACAGACUGGGACGAGCAGCGCGCGGAGCACAUAGCCUUGAAUCCCGGGUGCAACUCCACCAAUGACGGGCGGCCACGUGUCAUGAUCGUGUCGACAUCCCAGCCGAAGCCGUGCGAGCACAGCGUGGGCGACCACUUCCAGCUCUUGUUCCUUAAAUCGAAGCUGGACUAUGCGCGUUCGCACGGCAUGGUGGUAUACCACCACAUGGUCCGGCUGGACAAGGAGAUGAACGGCAUGUGGGAGAAGCUGCCGCUGCUGCGCCGCCUCAUGCUCGCGCACCCCGAUAUAGAGUGGUUCUGGUGGAUCGACUCGGACUCCAUUAUAACGGACAUGAAGUUCGAGCUGCCGUGGCGCAAGUACAAGGGCGUGAGCAUGGUGGUGCCGGGGUGGGACGACCUCGUGUACAAGCACCGCGACUGGGUGGGUCUCAGCACUGGAAGCUUCCUCCUGCGCAACAACCAGUGGUCGCUUGAUCUGCUCGCCAAGUGGGCCGCCAUGGGCGCGAGGGGUAGAGCCAGGGAGGAGGCGGGGCGAGUGCUGACGGCGCAGCUCAAGGGCCGGCCUGAAUUUGAAGCAGAUGAUCAGUCGGCGCUGGUGUGGCUGCUGGUGAGCGGGAGGGAGCGGUGGGGCAGGCACGUGCACCUGGAGAGCAAGUUCUACCUGCACGGCUACUGGGUCAACCUGGUCAACAGGUUUGAGGAGAUGAUGGAGCGAUUCCAUGCCGGCUUCGGGGACGACAGGUGGCCGUUUGUGACUCACUUCGUGGGGUGCAAGCCGUGCGGCAGCAUGGGCGAAUACGACGCUGCCAAGUGUCUCGUGCACAUGAAGCGCGCCGCUGUUUUCGCCGACAACCAGGUGAUCAAGCCUUACGGGUUCACGCACCUGCACCUGAACAGCAGCGUUGUCGUUCCGCUGGUUAAUGUGACGACACGGGCGUGGAUUGCCGAGACGCACUAUGAGAGGAAGCAGCAGCAGGUGGUUGAGAAGAGGAAGAAGCAGGCUGAGGAGAAGGAGAGGUUGGAGCAAGAGGCGAAGAGGAUGGCUGAGGAGCAGGAGAAGUGGAGGGAGGAGGAGGAGACGAGGAGGAAGGAGGAGGAGGCGUGGCGGGAGAAGGAGGACGAGAGGCAGAGGAAGUUAGAGGAGGGCAGGAGAGUGGAAGAGGCAAAGAAGGCAGCAGAGAGAGAAGCAAAGAAGAAGAAGAAGCAGGAGGGGCAGGAGGGGAAGGAGGGGAAGGCUCGGAAGGUUGCAGUGGGAGGGUCGGGACAAGGGAAGAAUGGUGCAAAGGGAGCGGCUGCUGUUACUGUAAAGAAUGUGACUGUACCGAUUGGAAAGAAGGGCAUUCCGGAGAUUAUAGUGGAUGAGGAUGAGGAGGAGGAGGAGGAUGAAGAGGAGGAGAGUGUGCAGGACAGGAGGAAGAUUGGGUUGACCAAGGCUGUGAUGCGGCAGCAGCGGGCUGCUAUGGCCCGUGCUGUGGUUGCUGCUAGUGCUGAGGACGAGGAGGAACGAGAGGAGGAGGAGAGAGGGGGUGUGGGGGAGAAGGGGGAUGAGAAGGGGAGUGAGAAAGGGAGUAGGGAGGAGAGUGAGGAAGAGAGUGGGAGGGAGAAAAAGAAGGGGGUGACAGGAGCUGGGAGGAAACUGGAGAAGGAAGAGGAGGGUGAGGAGGAGGAGGAGGCGGAAGAGGAGAGGCUGGAUAAGGAGAGGGAGAGGAGAAAGAGUGCUAAGGGGGAAGAGGGAGUGGUGGGGGGAGUGGGAGGGCUUGAUGUGAACGAUGAUGAUGGUGUGGCAAGGGAGGGCGGUGAGGAGAACGAGGAGGGAGAUGAGAAGGGACGUGGUGAGGAGAGGGGUGUUGGUUUGAGAGCGGGGCGUGAGGUGGGGGAGGAGGCAGAAGGGGAAGACGGUGCAGGAGCAAAGGAAGCAGAGGAGAGGGGGGUGAGUGAUGGAGAGGUGGAAAGUGGUGGUUUGAGAGGAGAGGAUGAGGGAGAGGAAAGGGGUGGUCUGGAGAGUGAUGAUGAUGUGGAGUGA